AUGAUUGUAGAUGAGAUAAAUCCGGAAAUCAUCGGCGCACUUGCCGGUAUUCAAAUCGGCAGCAUUUCCGACUCCGACUUCUUUAAACCCGCCUUCGAUUUCGUCACUAACUUAUAUAUGCUGCCAUGCUCCUCCACAUCGCCGUUCUACCAAAAGCACACACUGCCAUUUCCGGUUUCACAAAGAAGCCCUAGCCCUAAAUUUCCGCGCUUUAAGAAUCCGGACAAACAUGUGGAGUCCAUUCGGGUCAUGAACCUGUUUGAUAAAAUCAGGGAACUCAUUGCUGCUCUGCAUUGCCCCAUAAAGUUCACUCUCAAAGACUUGAUUAAGCCCGAGCCUGAUUGUUACAGAGAUUUUCGUUAG